UAAGCUCACAGAAACUCAAAAUCAUGACAAUGACCUAUUUGCUUAGCUCCAUAUUUCUCAUAAUUUCCUAUCACGCAGUCAAUUGCUUAGUGCCAAGACCACUGAAGCAAGAGAUGGGUGAAUCGUUGUGUAGUGUGGCCAACCUACUUCCAAUUGAACACGAUUAUCCAUCAUGUUACAUACUCACCGAAGCAUUGAAAGUGUUCGACAAACGUCUUCUACAAAUACAUCGUUCACCACAGUCAAAUAACGAUGGGACAGUAUCUUGCAGCAUCAAAAAACUAAGUGUUGUCAUCACAAGUGGCUGUGAUGAAUCACAGAAUCAACUUUGGCCCAGUGAACACAUGGAUGAAUCACACAAAAUCAGCAUACUGGAUGGGAAGAUUGACAUUGAAUCUAAUGAAGUAUGGGGAGUAUUGCACGCCUUGCAGACUAUCAUACAACUGGUGCGCAGAAGUGAAUGGGGAGCUCUUGUAUUACGCGAACAAACUAUUGAGGAUUCACCACAAUAUGGUCACAGAGGAUUUCUGCUGGACACUGCCAACCACUACAUCAGUGUUGAUGAGAUGGAGAAAUUCAUUGAUGUUAUGGCCGUUGUUAAAAUGAAUGUACUUCACUGGCAUAUGACAGAUAACACUGCAUUCCCCUAUGACUCAUUCACAUAUCCUGAACUCUCCAGAAAGGGUGCAUAUGAUCCACAAAAGUUAGUGUAUGUAAAUGGGGAUGUUCGACGGUUGUUGCAGUUUGCACGUCAGCGUGGGAUACGUGUGAUCGUGGAAUUUGAUACUCCUGGUCACACAAAGUCAUGGGAAAAAGGUUAUCCAGGAAUACGGACAGAAUGUUAUAAGGACGGUGAGCCGACUGGGGAAACAGGUUCAUUCAAUCCUGCAAAUGAAACCACAUUUGAAUUUCUGAAAGCGUUUUUCAAGGAAGUCACGUCAGUAUUUCCGGAAACGCUCGUCCAUUUAGGUGGGAACGACGUAUGGCCUUCUUGCUGGAACUCGAAUCCUGAUGUUUUGAAGUUUAUGGAGGAAAACAAUUUCGGCGGUGAUUUUGCAAAGCUUGAAUCAUAUUACUUUGAUAAACUCAUUGAAGUCAUUCAAUCAGUUCAACCGGAGGGACAUACUAUCACACCAGUUUUCUGGGAUGGAGUGUACAUCGAUGGGUGUCGUCCUUCUAAAACCACUGUGAUUCAAGUGUGGAAGGGAGGAGCUUGGACGAAUAUUGUCAAAGAAAUAACAUCAUCUGGUUAUCGAGUUAUAAUGUCGUCUUGCUGGUUAUUCACUGGUAUAAACAGUCCUGUAAACUGGGCGGACUACUACGAAUGUGAUCCAACAGCGUUUGGCGCCACUGAGGAGGAACGAAAUCUGAUUAUUGGUGGAGAAGCCGUUGUAUACACAGAACAUGUGGAUGAGUCAAAUCUCAUUAUGCAUUCAUGGCCUGAUAGUGCUGCAGUAGCCGAACGCCUUUGGUCACGAGAUCCAUUCAAUACCGACGAAUUCAAAAUAAGAAUAAAUGAACUACGUUGUCAUUUGAGACACUUGGGAUUCAAUGCGAAACCUCUAAAUGGACUGAAUAGUUGUUUACGACCGUAA